AUCGCCUCCUCUCCGCCCCCUGCAGGCCGGCCGCCGGGACUGCGCAGGGGACGGUGCCAGCUGGGUCUCGGCGGCCGGGCAAAAAACUGCUGGCCGGGCAGUGUCGCCGCGGAGACGUCGGGUCAUGGCUCGGGUGCUGAUCGUGGGCGCGGGGCUAACGGGAAGCUUGUGCGCAGCGCUGCUGCGAAAGGAAGUUGCAGGUCCUUUACAUCUCGUUGUGUGGGACAAAGCUGGGGACGCAGGGGGAAGAAUGACCACCAGCAGCAGUCCUCAGAACCCACAGAGCACAGUGGACUUGGGUGCCCAGUACGUCACACGCACGCCUCACUAUGCCAAGAAACACCACCGUUUUUAUGACGAACUGUUAGCUCUUGGCAUUCUGAGGCCUCUGACCUCUCCUGUGGAAGGAAUGGUGGUGAAAGACGGAGACUGCAACUUUGUGGCCCCACAAGGAAUUUCUUCAAUUAUUAAACAUUACUUGAAAGAAUCAGGUGCUGAUAUCUGUUUCAGACAAUGUGUGACCCAGAUCAACCUGAGAAAUGACAAGUGGGAAGUCUCCAAGGAAACAGGCUCCCCUGAGCAGUUUGAUAUUGUUGUCCUCACGAUGCCAGUUCCUCAGAUGCUGCAGCUUCAAGGCGACAUCGCCAACUUAAUUAGUGAAUGCCAAAGGCAGCAACUGGAGUCGGUGAGCUACUCCUCUCGCUACGCUCUGGGCCUCUUUUAUGAAGCUGGCACGAAGAUUGAUGUCCCUUGGGCUGGGCAGUACAUCACCAGUAAUCCCUGCAUACGCUUCAUCUCCAUUGAUAAUAAGAAACGCAAUAUAGCAUCAUCGGCAGUCGGGCCUUCCCUUGUGAUUCACACCACUGUUGCAUUUGGAGUUGCACACUUGGAACACAGCACGGAGGAUGUGCAGGAGUUAAUCUUCCAGCAGCUGGAGAACAUUUUGCCAGGCCUGCCUCAGCCAGUUGCUGUCAAAUGCCAGAAAUGGAGACAUUCACAGGUAAUCAUGAAAUCCAGUAGUACAAGCACAGCUUUCUUAACAGGUUACAAAUGCCGCUGCCAAAUAUCCUGGCCAAAUGACUCUCCAUCUCCAACCUUUCCUUGUGUGCGGAGGGGACGGAUUCACUCAGUCCAACUUUGACGGUUGCAUCACUUCUGCUUUAUGUGUUCUGGAAGCUUUAAAGAAUCAUAUUUAGUAUUUGUAUUCUUUCAAUUUGUGUUCUUUGUAUGUCUUUUAUUUUUUUAAUUACAGCUGGCAUACAAUGUUAUGAGUUUCAGGAGUACAACAUAAUGAUUAUACAUUUAUAUAACUUAAAAAGUGAUCACCCAAAUAAAUCUGUUUAGUAUCUGUUCUUAUCUUUUGCAUGUACUUUGGGUUUUGGAUCUCACCAAUCUCUGUUAUUGGUUGUUUCAUUUUCUGUUUUUUUAUAUGUUUCCUUUGAUCACCUUUUAUUAUUUUUUUUAUUUUUAUUUUAUUGAUUAUGCCAUUACAGUUGUUCUAUUCCCCCCUUCAUUCCCCUCCACCCUGCACACCCCCUACCCCACCAUUACCCCCCCUUUAGUUUAUGACCAUGUGUCUCAAGUUCUUUAGAGUCUAUAUUUCCCAUACUAUUCUUGCCCUCCCCCUAUCUAUUUUCUACCUAACGUCUAUGCUACUUAUUCUCUGUACCUUCUCCCCCCUUCUCCUUCUCCCACUCCCCUGUUGCCAACCCUCCAUGUGAUCUUCAUUUCUAUGGUUCUGCUCCUGAUCUAGCUGUCCUCUUAAUUUGCUUUUGUUUUAGGUGUGGUUGUUAAUAACUGUGAGUUUGCUGUCCUUUCACUGUUCAUAUUUUUAUCUUCUUUUUCUUUUGAUGAGAAGAAAAAGAAGAUAAAAAUCUUUCUUUUCUUUCUUUCUUUCUUUUUCUUUCUUCUUUUUCUUUUUCUUUUUCUUUCUUUCUUUCUUUUAUCUUUCUUUUUCUUUUUCUUUCUGUUUUGAUGAGAGAAAUUAUCAAAAAUUGUUCUACAUUUGUCAUUUUUUAUGGAGAUUUUAUGAUUUAUAAAAUCAAUUUUUAAAUUUUGAUAGUUACAACCCACACUAGAAUAAAACUUCCUUUGACUUUCUAUCUUUUGCUACCUUUCUGAGUUGCCAUGACUACUUCUUGAUGGACAAAGUUAGUGCUUAAGAGUAACAAAUGACCCUCCAAAAUAAUUACGUGAAAUCACAGUAACAGUUCAUGUUCCCAAACCUUUAUUAUUCUUUUGAAAAUUUUGCUUUCAAAUAAAGAAUAACCAUUAUCAAAGCCUGGUUUUUAAUCUUCAAGUGUGCCCUUGAUUCAGUAAUUUUGCAGCCUGCUGAACUACAAUGUUCCUCCAAACUGUGAAUAAUUUUUGUCUCUUCUUUUUCUCCCAAGUCAUUAAAUAAUCCUGAAUUGUAGGUCAGCCAUGUCCUCGUCUCUGAGAGGGCAACUUGACUGAUGAAGUAACCUCUCUUUAAAUUGUCAGAAAAUAACUAGAUUCAACUUCCAAGUGACUUGUGAUUUUCCAAGUCACACAAUGUUUUUUAACUUUAAAAAUAAGGCUUAUUAUGACAAAUAAAAAUUAAAUGGAAACUGAGAGAAAAUGUAUUGGUCUUUACCUUAUGUUAUCUCCCAUGGCUGCUGCUGCUGCAUUUACAUACAUUCCAGUAUGUGCUGUGGCGUUCAGACUGUGUCAGGCUUAGUGAACUUAAUACAACCAAGAGAUGCAUUGAACCAGAAACUAGAUGUACUUAAAGUAGUUCAAUAUUUGCCAACAUACUGGUUCAGUGACCCACAUGCUUUGGUGACAACCCGGUGACUUGCUGCCUGGAGAGAAAUUGGUCCCCAGCCUUCCAAACAAGCUACCUGUUGCUAAUUUGAAGAGCAGGAUGGUAAGUUCUAUUUUAUCAUUUUGAAAGGAAAGAAAUUGUUGUAGCCUCUCAAACUAAAAAAAAGUCUAACAAAAGACUUUUUACCUUGGUUGUGACCUUAAGCUUCACGCUUACAUGCCCACUGAUCAUACACACACACAGGCAUGGGAAGAACUUGCUUAUACAGCUACAGAGUGGGUUUGUGAUUCUAGGGAAUAUUAUGUGUCCUUUUAGCAACUGGUUGACGAAAACCAGAAAUGCCUAUGUAUACUGUCAUUUAUUUUUUAACAGAGAAAGAAAAGGGAAAUUAAGGUAAUUUCUGCUAUG